UCAACCACUUUAUUAAACUAAUUAACGUCUCUUUCUCCCUCUAUGGAGUCGUGUUACGUCUCUCUAGAUUAAGAUCUUCUCCUGAUUGUUCUUUUGAAGAAAUAAUACUUCUCGCUUAUGGAAGAUGAUCAUUUACUGUGUCACGAUAACAUCAACGACGAGGAACGUUUGCCAUUGGAGUUUAUGACCGGAAAACAAACAUCCACGGCGGAAUUACAGCCGUCGCAACGGCCGCCAUUCUUGGUAAAGACAUACAAGGUGGUUGAGGAUCCGACCACGGACGAGGUUAUAUCUUGGAACGGAGAUGGGACCGGAUUCAUCGUGUGGCAGCCGGCAGAGUUCGCUAGAGAUCUCUUACCAACACUUUUCAAGCAUUGCAACUUCUCUAGUUUCGUUCGCCAGCUCAAUACUUAUGGGUUUCGGAAAGUGUCUACGACAAGAUGGGAGUUUGGUAAUGAGAUGUUUCGAAAAGGGCAAAGAGAGCUUAUGUGCAAUAUCCGAAGAAGGAAGAGUUAUCCACACUCCCACUCACAUAACAAGUCUCAUCAGGUUGUACCAACAACAACAACGGAGAAUCUAGAAGAUCAUCACCUUCAGGAUCAACGCUCUUCCUCCGUUGUAUACUCUGCUCUACUCGACGAAAACAAAUGCUUGAAGAAUGAAAAUGAGUUCCUGCGUUCAGAACUGGGGAAGACCAAGAAGAAAUGCAAACAACUUAUGGAGUUGGUUGAGAGAUAUAGAGGAGAAGAAGACGACGACGACGAUCAGGGGCUUAAGUUGUUUGGAGUAAAACUGGAGUGAGAGAGAUCGUUUGAUAGAUUUGCCUUGCCAUCUUCUUCACAUCCUUAUCAGUUUGCAUAGCUAUACUCUUUAAGACAUGCCAGAUCAAAGAUCAAAACAUAGUAUUGAUAGUGUUCAAAACAUGGUACAUUGCAACAUUGUGUAUAUAUAUGAACGUUAAGAACUCAUGUUUUUUAUAUAUGUGCCAUAUUUACAACUA